UUUCCACUUCCCUUGCACUUUAUACUUUAUUCAGACUGGUUUACCUGUCAGAAAGCAGAAAAAGUAGGUUGCAACUCUUCACGUUUACAGAAUUCAGAUGAGAGUAAAGCAAACACACCAGUCACCAAACGAGCAGCGUCUCAGUGUUUACACCCUGAAUCUGAAGGAUGGACUGUGGCAAUUGCUUUGACCUUUGAUCCAGGGGAGAAGGUAAGAGACAAGCACCCCCCAGCACACGCACACACACACACACACACACACACACACACACUCCAUGUUCUUAUUGGCUGCAAGGAUGUCUGGGUCUCUGUCCCCUCUCUUAAAUACUGAAGGAGGCAAAAAAGAGAGGGAAAUUCAAACAGCUGUCAAAACAGUACAGAGCAGAGCCGAGAAGAUAAAGAAAGGAGGGAAAGUUAAACUACAACUACUACAAGGAAGCAGAAAGACUGAAAAGCACCUGACAAAGUAGUAGUUAACAUUGUGUGUAGCUGGAAGACUUCUUUUUUUUUUUCUUUUGAUUAUCUAUACGUUAAGUAAAAAGAUUAACCUAGGUAUGCAUCUAAAAUAAGAAAAGGUAGAAAAGAAGUCACCAAGAAAAGUUAAAAAAAAAAAGACAGAAAGAAGGAUGGAGCUUAGAGAACACAGACGAGUCUGCUUUACGCCACGGCAGCUUCUGUAUCAAAAGAUUGUGAAGCCAAGGCUGGAGCAAAGACGCCGUGCUCGGAUCAACCUUUACUUAGAAGAACUAAAACAGUUAAUUGAGGAGCAGCCUGGAGAGCGUCCUCAUACACGCUUAGACAAGGCAGACAUACUGGAGAGGACGGUGCGCUACAUUCAGAAACACCGGAUGGAUGCAAGUCCCUGCCUUGUCCGUGACUCAGACUUCAAAGCCGGGUUUCAGAACUGCCUUUUGCUUGCACAUCAGUUUCUGUGUGAGCAGGCUCACUUCCAGUCUAAGGCGAGUGUCAAGUCUAUCGAUGCAGAAAGAUCCCAUCUUAUAACUAGCCGUCCCAAAGCUGUGCAACCAGGCCUCCCUUUGACAAGAAACAGUUGGCGUUCUCUUUCAGGGAAUUCAACAAUUCCAGUAUGCAAUGUAUCAAUCCAGCAACAAGCACCACCACAAAAUAUAGUCUGCUUGGGCAACAUAAGCAGGGAAGUUCCCAGUACCUCAGAAGCCUGCUGGAGGCCAUGGAAGUGUGGGACAUGAGCAGACUAUAAAUGUAGCUACUUGAACUGUACAAGAGGGGGUGUGCUUUGGGGGAAAAGCCUAUUUGUAUAAACUAUGUAAAUAAAAAAAAAUAUUAUUUGUGAUUCACUGUGGUCUGUGUCUGAACUUGCAAUGAAAAGAGAGAGAGAGAAUGUACUAGAUUGGGGAUAAAGGGGAAAAUAUAGCAAGUGUAAUAAAUUUGUCACAGAGGGGGAGAUUUAUGCAGGGAAUAAAGGAAAAAAGAAGCUACCAUUAAUUUCUUGCAGUGGGGGGAGCUGGGAGGUUGUCAGGGGAUCAGAUCUCUGAUUGGUGAGCUGAAGAAAGGGAGGUGGAAGAGAGUAU